AUUUGUUCCUUCCCUCAUCAACAACGCUCGCCGUCAACAUGGCAUCCACAUCUGAACCCGAUCUCACCCGCCACUUCGACUUCACAAUAGUAGGCGCAGGAGUAGUAGGUUCCGCCCUCGCCUACUCCCUCGCCCGAUCCGGACGCUCCGUCGUCCUCGUAGAGCGUGACCUCUCCCACCCUGACCGCAUCGUCGGGGAGCUCCUACAGCCGGGAGGGGUCAAAGCCCUGCACUGGUUGGGCAUGGGAGAGUGCUUAGAUGGGAUAGAUGCCGUGCCCGUUGAAGGCUAUCAGGUAUUCUAUGGGCCCAGGGCUGUGCCUAUUCCUUACCCUGAGGAGGCGGGAAGGUAUGGGGGCAAGGGCGUAAAGUCCACUAGUGGAAGAGUAGAAGGACGAUCCUUCCACCACGGCAACUUUGUCUCCUCUCUCCGUCGCAAGGCCAUGUCCCAUCCAAACGUCACCACUCUCGAAGCCACAGUCCGCGACCUCGUCACCAAGGACAACAAGAUCGUCGGUGUCCGCUGCACACGCAGCAGCACCUCUGCCAGCUCCAACUCAGGUCCAACAGCCUCAGAGGCAGACUCCUCCUCCUCUUCCUCAGAGCUCACCCUCAACUCCACAAUCACAAUAGUAGCAGACGGCUGUUUCUCCAAAUUCCGCCGCACUCACGGCUCCUCCAUCUCUCCCAAAGUGCGCAGCAACUUCGUCGGUCUCGAGCUCAGCCAUGCACCCCUCCCUGCCCCGCACCACGGGCACGUAGUCCUCUCUCCCUCUGGCCCCAUCCUCCUCUACCAGAUCGGCUCGACUCACACGCGAAUCCUCAUCGAUGUCGCUGGAGAGAAAUUGCCCAGCCAGGCAAAGGGGGAAUUGCAAAGGCAUAUCAGGGAGGACUUCUUGCCGCAUAUCCCCGAGGAGCUUCGCCCGUGUAUUGAGAGGGAGCUGGAUGCCGGGCAGAGGUUGAGAAGCAUGCCGAAUAGCUUUUUGCCGCCUAGUAUGCAGGGCCAGAGUAAGGAUAGGGAGGGAGUCAUCGUCGUGGGGGACGCGUUGAAUAUGCGUCACCCGCUUACGGGCGGUGGGAUGAGUGUAGGACUGUGGGACUGCGUGCAUCUCACCAAGGUUUUGGGCGGCAGUGAGAGGUGGUGGAGCGACGAGGAACAAGGCGACAAGCACGCAAAAGCGACCACCCCGCUCGACCUGGCCGACUGGCCCAACUGCAUCCGCCCAGCCCUCCGCACUUGGCAUUGGCGUCGCAAGUCUCUCGCCUCGGUAAUCAACAUUCUCGCUCAAGCCCUCUACUCCCUCUUCGGGGCAGACGACGCAUCCCUCUCCGUGUUGCGCGAAGGGUGCUUCAAGUACUUUGAGCUCGGCGGGGAAUGCGUGGGUGGACCCGUCUCCCUAUUGAGCGGUCUCGAGCCCAACCCCGUUUUGCUGGUAGACCACUUCUUCCGAGUUGCACUGUACAGCAUCUACUGUCUCUUUGCGCACGAGCAGUUCUACGAGAAGGAGGGGCGAGCACGCAAGGCUGGGUUGCUCGAGUGGCCAGGUUUGGUCUGGAGGAGCGUCAUGGUCUUUUGGACGGCUUGUGUCGUUAUCCUGCCCGUCAUCUGGACGGAGAUGCGCGCCAAUGUGCCAAGGUUCCCGGACUCAGCCAAGAAGCAGGGAGCGACGAUCCUCAGACCUUUGGUGCUCCUCGUCGCUCUGGCUGGGGUGGCGGGAGCGGUCUACUUCAACUCCUCGUCGUCUUCAGCGCUUCUCUCGUCACGUCCGCCAUCCUCCUCCUUUGGCGGCAAUGUCAGCCACGGCUCUGGCUCUGGCAGUGGAUUCAGUCCACUGCAUGGGGCUGGCACUGGUGCGAACUCGCUGUUGGAACAGCUGAGAGCCCUCUCCUCCCUCUUCUCUUCGACCUCUGCGUCGAGGGAGUGAGCAGGCGGGGGCGCAUGAUCACGUUGACCAUCAAACCGUUGCCCAUCAGAUGACACUAUCAUUAUCACCACCGCUCUGCCUUGUCUUGCUUCGGCGCCUCGAUACCCAAACCUUCACCGCACCACUCUCUCUCUCUCUCUCUGCACUCUUUCUCGCCUACCUUUUGUUACUCAGCAUAGCAGCAUCGCCAAAUACAAGAUGAUCUCGCAGUCACGCUCAUGUC